AUGGGUAUAUUCCGUGACUUGUGUGUAAUAGCAGUAUUUCUGAGUAAUUUUACUUUAAUGGUGACAAAAGGUUUCUCGAAAGAUGUUUUGGAAGUAUCAAAUGGUCCAUCUGUGGAAAUUAAUUAUGCCCCAAGGCCAUUAUCCACGUACGAAAGAUAUUUGAACAAUUGUGCAGUGAGAUUAAACUCAGACUGUGGGGAUGAGAUUUUCUCAGCUAUAUUCUUUGGCAAAGAGAUUGUUAACAGAGAUUGUUGCGUCCAAUUAGUGAAUGAUGUGGGAAAGCAAUGUCAUGAUGAUAUGACAAAAUAUAUUUUAAGAUUACCCAAAUUCAAGACAAACAAAGCUGAGAUCUUGGCGAGAAGUGAAAGAAUUUGGAGUGAUUGUGUUUAUCUUGACGUGCCUUUGAUUGAACCAGUUGGUGCAGACAUCCCCUUGCUUGACCCGAUUGAUGCUGAAUCAUAG